GCGGGACAAACUCUCUCUACUCCCUACGUUUCAUAUCCUUACCUCUACUCCCUACGUUUCAUCUCCUUACCCACUGCUCUGCAAGUUUCCACGUUCAUAACGUACUGCAGAACUGUUCCUCUGUGUGAGUGAGAGAGAGAGAGAGAGAGAGAGAGAGAGAGAGAGAGAGAGAGAGAGAGAGAGAGAGAGAGAGAGAGAGGGAGGUCAGAAUUAUACUCCACGUUCAUGACGUUCAGCCGAACUGUUUUAGUACCUGACUUGGCGUUGCUCAGCUGCGAGGCACAAAGAGAGAGAGAGAGAGAGAGAGAGAGAGAGAGAGAGAGAGAGAGAGAGAGAGAGAGAGAGAGAGAGAGUUUAUCGUGGUGGAGACACAUGGCGGUAUCUCUGACCAGCGGGGAAGAACGUAGAGGGCUUUGCGGUUUUCCUCCAGGGGGAAGCGGGGGGGAGGGGGGGAGGGUGGUGUGGUUCGAUACUGUGACGGUGGACGUGCAUGCGCAGGCGUGCGCAGUAGGGAAAAUGAAGGGGGGCAGUAGGGACGGAGAAGAGGCAGAGGGAGGGUGGGAGGUGGAGGUUUCCACCGCCGGGGUAAGGUUUAGCGGUGUGGAAUCAGUGGGGGGAGGGGGGGAAGGAGGGGGGGAAGGAGGGGGUGAAAUAGGUGGCGGGCAAGCAGGAGCAAUAGGAGUAGGAGGAGGGGGAGGAGGAGGAGCAGGAGCAGGAGCAGGAGCAGGAGCAGGAGCAGGAGGAGGAGGGCGGCGAGAAGCAGCAGCAAUUCGAGGAGCACCAGCAGGGGCAGGAGGAGGAGGAGGAGGUAGUUGCUCGUUUGCCAGCCCGCCUCUUACGGGUCCUCUUGAUGCUCCCUCCUCCUCCUCUGGCUAUUUCGGGGGAGGAGGAGGAUUAGGAUUAGCAGGAGGAGGAGGAGGAGGAAGUAUGAUUAAAUCGAACUCCUUCCCAUCUGAUGACCAUUCGGAUGCUCCAUCUGUUGUCCAAGAUCGUCUAAUUCUGGUCUCUCACAUGCUCCCUCUCACUAUGACCCCAGUGGAACUGGUAGGCGGCAGGUUUUGCUGGAAAUUUGAGGCGAACCGAGAGGCCCUCCCUCUUCAGAUCUGUGACGGUCUUCGAUUGGGCGAUUUUGGAGCCACAGGUUCUGCUGUUCCUCCUCAGCAGAUGGAUAUGGAGGUAGUUUAUGUCGGCUGUCUGAAGCAGGAAGUGGAUGUCAAGGAGCAAGACGACAUUGCCCGGGCGCCUUACGACCAAUUCCGCUGUGUGCCCGUCUUUCUACCCGACGAGCUGCUCACCAACUUCUACAACAAGUUCUGCAAGCAACACCUGUGGCAGAUGUUUCACUACAUGCUACCGAUCAUACCAGAGCACUCCGAGCGGUUCGACCGCAAUCUGUGGAGCGCGUACGUCGUGGCAAACAAGCGAUUCGCCGACAAAGUUAUGGAGAUCAUCGAUCCGGAUGAGGAUUUUGUGUGGGUGCAUGAUUACCAUUUGAUGAUCCUGCCUACCUUCUUGCGAAAGGCCUUCCACAAGUCCAAGCGAGGUCACAUCGGUCUAGAGUACUACGGGCGCACGGUGGUGGUAAAGAUCAUGCCCGUCGGGGUGGACAUGCCUCUGUUGAAGGGGACCCUAGCCCAUCCCGACACAAUAUGGAGGAUAGGAGAGCUGAAGAGCGAGUUUGAGGGGAAGAUUGUGUUGCUCGGCGUGGAUGAUAUGGACACGUUCAAGGGCAUAGGGUUGAAGUUGCUGGCUAUGGAACAUUUGCUGCGCGAUCAUCCUGAGUGGCGUGAGAGGAAGGCGGUACUCGUGCAGAUUGCCAAUCCCGCCAGAGGGACGGGGAACGACGUCACGGCGGUGGAUGCGGAGGUCAGAGCUCUGACUGAUCGGAUUAACAAGCAGUUUGGGAGGGAGGGGUAUCAGCCGGUGAUUCUUAUGGAGAGGACGGUGCCGCUGUACGAGAGGUUGGCGUUCUAUACCAUAGCCCAAUGCUGCGUAGUGACGACGAUGAAGGAUGGGAUGAACCUGAUGCCGGCUGGGAGCGGGAUCGAAGAAGAGCAUGCUGGUUGUGUCGGAGUUCAUCAGCUGCUCCCCCACCCUCUCAGGUGCAAUCCGUGUCAAUCCCUGGAACGUGGAGGCGGUCGCCGAGGCCAUCAACGCGGCCAUGUCACCUUGUUCAAAGAAGAAGAAGAAGAAGGAGAAGCAGCAGACGAGCCAGAAGGAGAAGCAGCAGCAGCAGCGGCAGCAGAAGCAGAAGAAGAAGAAGCAGAGGAAGGAGAAGAAGCAGAGGAAGAGGGAGAAGAAACAGAGGAAGACGACGACGACAAUGACGGCGACGAAGAAGAAGAAGAAGAAGAAGGAGAAGGAGAAGAAGAAAGAGAAGAAGAAGGAGAAGAAGAAGGAGAAGGACGAAGGACAAAGGAGAAGAAGCAGAGGAAAAAGAAGACGACGACGACGACGACGACGAAGAAGAAGAAGAAGAAGAAGACGAACACAAGGAUACUCUGACAUAUCUCUCCUUGCACACUUGCUACCUCUUUGUCUCCUGCAAUAACUACUACUGAUUGUUAAUCAGAAAUCAAUUGAAUAGUAAUGAAGAAGGGAUCAAUGUUCGAUGAAUCUCCCCUCGCCACUCUGGAGAAAGAACCUUUCUUUGGCUCUCUAUCGCUCUCCUCUCAACUCCAAUAGCACUCCCAAAAAUGCUGUUCAGCUCACUCUUAUGCGGGACGUACAAAGGACAAUGCCUUCCACUACCUUCCCAUCAACUACCCAUCGGAAUCCGUCACUCUUGGUGAAGCCUCUGUCCAACCGGAAAACUC